AGCUAUACAUUUAACUAACUAACUAUAACUAUAUUCUCCUCAUUUUAUAGCCUCUGCAAAAAGCAAUGAGAGAAAUAUGUUACAUGGUUUGAGAUAUACAAAAAUUUCUUCAUUUCUUCAUUCCUCCACCAUUAAAGCUCCUUCCUUUUCUUCAUCUUCUUCCUCAUCAACCAAACCCCAUUUACAAAAACCUAAUCUUUCACCUCAAAACUUGCUCAAUCUCAUACAAAAACACCCAUCAAACCCUCACUUGACUAAACAAAUUCACUCUCACAUUAUCACCACUAACCUCACAAUCCCACACAACACCACUUUUCUUCUUCUCUUCAACAAUUUGAUUCGCUCUUAUUCCAAUGGAGAUUUCCCACACGAAGCUAUAUCUCUCUACAGAUACUUCACUCACUUUUCCUCUUCAUUUGAUAGCUUCACUUACUCUUUCGUUAUUCACUCUUGUUCGAAUUUGAGCUCUGUUUUUACAGGUUCUCAACUCCAUGGUGUUGUUUUCAAGGUGGGUUUUCAUUCUCAUGUCUAUGUUCAGACUGCUUUGGUUCAAUUGUAUGUUUCUUUUGGCUUUUUAGGUUAUGCAUACCAAGUGUUCGAUGAAAUGUCUGAGAAGAAUUCUGUAAUGUGGAAUGUUAUGAUCACUGGUUUGAACAAAUGGGGUGAGUUUAAAUUUGCUAUUUCUUUGUUUGAUCGAAUGCCGAAUCGAAAUGUUGUUUCUUGGACUUCUGUUAUUGAUGCUUACACUAGAAUGAAUAGGUAUGGUGAAGCUUUGAAACUGUUUAGAAGAAUGGUUUCGGAUGAUAACAUUCGGCCUAGUGAAAUAACUCUUUUGGCUAUAAUCCCUGCUGUUUCUAAUCUUGGUGAUCUUAAGAUUUGUCAAUCAAUUCAUGGUUAUGGUGAGAAAAGAGGGUUUAAUGAAUUUGACAUGAGAGUGACGAAUUCGAUCUUGGAUUCAUAUUCCAAAUGCGGCUGCAUACAGAGUGCAGUGAGGUUUUUCGAGGGGAUAUCAUCGAGGAGAAAGAAUUUGGUGUCGUGGACAUCGAUGAUAUCCGGGUUUGCAAUGCACGGGAUGGGAGAAGAAGCUGUUGAGAGCUUUAGAAAGAUGGAGAGAGUUGGUGUUAAGCCAAACCGAGUCACACUUCUAAGUGUUUUGAACGGCUGCAGUCAUGGAGGAUUGGUCGAGGAAGGGCUCGAGUUUUUUAAGAAGAUGGUUGUGGAGUAUGGAAUCGCUCCCGAUAUCAAGCAUUACGGGUGUUUAAUCGACAUGUUGGGGAGAAUAGGGAGGCUAAAAGAAGCCGAAAAGAUAGCUUUGGAGGUUCCUAAUGAGAUGGCUAAUGUUGUGAUAUGGAGAACACUUUUAGGAGCUUGUAGCUUUCAUGAUGAUAUUGAGAUUGGUGAAAGAGUUACUAAGAAGAUAAUGGAGAUGGAGAAAGGGUAUGGAGGUGAUUAUGUGCUUAUGUCAAACAUUUUUGCUAGUGUUGGAAGGUACAAGGAUUGUGAAGAGUUUAGAAGAUUGUUAGAUGAGAGGAAAGCUUACAAAGUUCCAGGCCAUAGUUUUGUAUAACUUAAAAGAGUUUAAAACUCAAAAAGUCUAUGCUUAAAAUUAAAGAAAUUGUAGAAGAGAAAAUCGGAAAGAAACACAAAGAAUGAAGAAAUUGAGGAAAUUAUUUAAUGAGGCAUAAUCUAAGGGGUAAAAUAGUAAUUUUUACAAUUUCUCAAUUUUUUUUUAAAUAUAAUAAUUAAUUUUAUUGUUGAGAGUCAAACAAUACAUUGAUCAUUAAAUAAGGAGGAAUUUUUUUCAACUAAAAAACUCGUUUUUUCA